CAUACACGUGGUUGCAGUUCUAUUAGAAACAAUUAGUUGUCAAAGAUUCAAAAUUUAGCAGUUUCAAAAAAUGGAAAAUUCAGAAAAAGAGUCAGACUCAAAAGCGUCGGAUGUGGCUCUGCUUUCCAGUGGUGGAUGGACUCGCAAGAAGGUCAAACAACAGUUGUCUUGCCGUGGGUAUUUCAUAAAACAAACUAUCGGCGAAGGUUCGUAUUCGAAGGUGUACUACGCUGAGUUUCGAAAGCCUGGUGAACUGUUUCCGGCGCGAAGAGCUUGUAAAAUCAUCAACCGCCGUAGAACUUCAAUCGAAUCUGCUCAAUUCUUGCCGAGGGAAAUCAAAACUAUGUUGGCGCUGUCGCAUCCAAACAUAAUGUCGGUUUAUGCGGUUUAUGAGUUCGGCCCUUACGUUUGCAUCUUUAUGGAUUAUUGUCGCUGUGGAGACUUACUGCAGAAAAUUCAGGAACAGGGAAAGCUGUCCGAGUCGAAAGGGCAACUUUAUUUCGGUCAGUUGGUGUCUGCUGUCCAGUAUAUGCACCAAGCCGGAUUUUGCCAUCGGGAUAUCAAGUGCGAAAAUGUUCUGCUGUCUAGUGCCACUCAUGUGAAACUGUCAGACUUCACAUUUUCUAAAAAGUGUUCUUGCGAGGGCGGCAGUGCUCAGCUUAGUGCCACAUACUGUGGAUCAGUCGCAUAUGCGGCCCCUGAGGUUCUCAAAGGCAUUCACUAUGAUCCCAAACGGUAUGACAUGUGGUCCUUGGGUUGCGUACUGUUCAUCAUGGUAACAGGAACAAUGCCGUUCGACGAAAGAAACAUACAAGAAACGAUUGAUAGGCAGGAGCGAAAAUGUUAUUUUUACCCGACAGGUAUAAAGCCAAAUCUAACAGUGAUGGAGCUGAUUGACAGGCUUAUCGAGCCGGAUGUGGAAGCCAGGGCUACGGUCGAGGAGAUUGCCCAACAUCCGUGGCUAGAGAAAACCAUCUAAAAGCGUGAUUUACUUAUGUUUUGCUAUGCUUCCGACAGAACAUAUUUUCGCUACUUCGUGUUUCACCACAAUGCCAAUAAAAUCAAAAUGUUUGCUCCAUCAAUUUUUAUUCCACUUACCACAGACGUCACGAUUAGUGCCAGCACCACGAUAAUGACGAGAAGAGCGAUCAAAAUUCCGCGCCAGUUCCGUUGGUUCGGAUUUGCCGAAACGAGCUGUAAUCAAACAAGUAAACAUUCUGUUAAUGCAUAUUUGAUGUGUAGAAUAAAUUUUUGAUAAAU